GAGUGUCGUAAAAGGUGGCCCGCCGCUUUCUCUCUCUCUAGACUUCACGCCACCUACCCAGUGGCGCGCCGCUCUCUCUCGACUUCACGCCACCUACCGGCCAUUGGCAUUCCUCUCUCUCUUCUCUCCUUUUUAAUGGCGGUUAAUGGAAAGAAAGGAAAGUGGGUGGGGUCAUUCGCCUCCCCAGCCGCUCUCUUUCUCUCUCUAGGAUUCCCAUUUGGUGGGUAGCGUUUGUCUCACUCUCUCUCUUUCCUCACUUCAUCUAUGCCCUUUCUGCAAUCCAUUUCAACCCACUCGACCAUUAUCAGAACCAAGUUUUUUAUCAAUGGAUUCUGAAAAUGGUCUCUGCGACGAACUCCUGGAAGAAAUCCUUCGUCGCUUGCAAAGCUUCUCUGAGCUCAACAGCGUCGGCCUGGUUUGUAAACGCUGGCUCACCAUUCAUCGAAGAAGCAAGACCACUCUUGGCUUAAGAUUACCUGAUCCCCCACUUUCUCUCUCUUCCCUUCUCUUUCACUACCCGCGCCUCACCACUCUGAGAAUUGUCCCUGAAGAUCUAUCGACCUGUAACUCCAUUGCUUCUGAUUGUGCUCUUCACGCCGUCGCCUAUAAUUGUGCCUACCUUAAGGAACUCCGCUUCUUCGCUGGCCCUGUUUCUCCUUCGAGCCUUGAGGUUCUGGCCGCGGGCUGUGUUUCUCUCUCUUCUCUCAAGAUUUUGGGUUUUGGGCCUUUGUGUUUUCGGUGGCUUAUUGGGUUUGGUUCAUUGAGGGAGCUUUCAGUCACUUAUGUCGAUUGCAAAGGAGCUGGGUUUCAAAUUGGGUCAGGCUUUGAUCAUGGCAAUCAAUUUGCAGAGGUGAACCUGCCAUUGGAGAAGCUCUGCUUGACUGGAAUCGGCCCUGGAGAUUUGGGUCUUGGGUGGUUGUGGAGAAGUUGCAGGAAAUUGCAAAAAUUACAGCUUUGUAGCUGUGCAGGAACUGGAGAUACUGCUUCCUCUUCUUUCAUUAACUGUUUACCUGGUCUUCGAGAAAUUGAGCUGAGAACUUGUAGAACUAUAGCAGGUAGAGUGCUGCGUCAUGUUGCAGAGAAUUGUGGGUCAUUGAUUUCUCUGGUUUUAUAUGAUGGGGGAGAUAGAGAAGGCCUUUUUCAGGUCAUUAGGCAAUGUAAAACUCUGCAAAUUCUUGACUUGAGGCUUCCUCUUGAUCUCGAUGAUGAGGGUUUAUCUGUGAUUGCACAAAAUUGCAGAGAAUUGAGAAUUCUUCGCCUUUACAGUUGCUGCUUGAUAAGUGGCUGUGGAAUCAAACUCCUUGGUCCAGCCUUAAGUUCUAGGCUUGAGGAGUUGGUGCUUGUAAACUGUGAUGUCUUAGAGAGAGAAUUGGGGGUACUAACUUCUUUGGGGCAGCAUUUUAAACUGCUAAAAAAAUUGGAUUUGUCUUAUAACGAGGGCUUGGUCGACAAAGAAUUGAUGUCGAUGCUCGUUUCCUGCCCAAGCUUGGUGGAAAUAAAGCUACGCGGCUGUCGAGGAUUGACUGAUAAUGUGGUUUUCUCUGUGUUUAAGAGUUGCCAAUCUCUAAAAACCCUUGAUAUUGCAAAAUGCCAUAAGAUAUCGACUGAAGCUAUUGAAUUUCUUAUUCUGAACUCUUCAAAACUGCAAAGAAUCUUGGUGGAGGAUAGUAAACUAUCAGACUGUGCUAGAAAUUGGGUGUCUUGGAAAAGAAUCGAACUUUCAUGAUAAUGGCCUACGUGGAAGGAAGAAAGUAGGCCCCCCCCUUAAACCUCAGCUCAAUUCUUGGCAUUCUUGUGGCUUGCUGAAUCAGUAAGCACAUCAUUGUUGUUUAAUUAUCAUUGAAAAUCCCUCCACUGUGAAUUUCCUUAUGGUUACUGUAUUAUAGAUGCUUCUAUUCAUGAAACUUGGCCAUCUUUAAGUUAUUUUUAGUUCCAGAAAUUCAGCUGUAGAUGAAGGCCUUCAACUGUGGAAUAAAGCCCCAACAAUGUCCAUAGAUUCCUGGGGAUUAAACAAACCGGAGAAUAAAAAUCAAAUUGUAAACCGCCACUCUCUUUUCUGCUACUGUUCUAUCUCUAUUAUGGAUUUUGGGAGCUUUGGGUGGUGAUUGUAUAGAGCUGCUGCUUGGGCCAAAGAAGAUGACCCAGUGAGAGUUGUAUUUAUGCUGAUAUAUAACUGAACCACUAAUUUUUUGGUGGGAUACCUAUUAUGUAGCUGAUAUGUGCUCAAUGUCAUGGCAAUCUCGCAACACUAUAAAAGGCCAUGAAUAAAUGGUUGCUUUUGUGUAUGGGGUUCUUAAACCUUACAUAAUUCAUGUGUAUGUGGUUGGUAUUUGUAUUUUCUGUGUGAAUGUGCUUAUAAUUCAUGUGUGAUUGCCAUUUGCAUUCUCUAUUCAUUGUGUAUGAGAUCAUUCCAUUGUGCAGGAAAUGAUGGGCCUUGACAUGCUUUGAAAGUUUGCAUAUUAAUUGAUGAAUAGAGGUGUUGAUCAUUUCCUGUGAAUAUAUCUAAUUGGGUCAAUAGUUUUAGCCCAUAAAGAAAUGUGAAAUUGGGUUAAUGAGGAUCAAUGCAUCAAGCUGCUUAUCAUUGUUCUAUUUUAAUUGAAGCACUCAUUCUUUUGAGUUUUCCUUUAUUUAUUAUUCUGUUGUUUCAAGCCAAAUGAGCAUGAAGUAGAUGCACACCAAGUUGUUUAAUCGUCAUCAUGGUGCUCUCUUGUGAGUUUGUGUAUCAUGGAAAAACUAAGAUCUUUUGAGGUGCACCAUAGCACCUUUAUUUAGCAUUUGUACAUGGGCAAUCCAUGUUUCUUUUCUCGUGAUUAUCCUUUUAGGAUACAAAUUAUUAACGUUGCAGGAACUGUACCUAGAAGACCCUAGAUCCCUUAAAAGCAAAAGACCUGAUUUUAUACAAAUGAAUUUUCCUAAUGAAUCUAAUGCUAAAGAAAUCUAUGAUACAUAACCAGAUGGUUGAGAAACUAUGUAGGCAUCACACAAGUGAUUACAACAUCAACAAUCAGUAAACGAAAAAGAAAAAUGUGAAAACAAGGCAAUACAUGCUGUUUGCAGCGCCUUCACUAGGGCAAUAUAUGCUGUUUGCAGUGCCUUCACAAGGGCAAGCCGUUUGCAGCACCUUCACAAGGGCAGUAUAUGCUGUUUGCAACACCUUUAUAUCAUCAUUAUCCAAGCCUUAUCCCAACGAUUUAGGGUCAGCUACAUGAAUCCUGUUCCUCGAUUCUCUCCUAUCAAUGGCCAUACCAUAUAACAUAGGUUCGAGAUUCAUGAUAAGAUAUGACAGUUUUAUACUGGCUGCCUACCUAAUGCAACCACCUCUUUUACCUGGGCUUGGGACGGGUUAAAAGAAAGUUUAAAGUCUUCACCCUUAUUAGACCAUUGCAGCACGUUUAUAUGAAGUGCAAAAUGGCACAACAAUCAUUGUGCCAUCCUUGUUUAGUAGGUUCUUGAUUAUAUAACCUAGCUGAAUGAAUAACAUGCCCUGGUGGUAAAAAAUACCAAAUGUUUGUGGUGUUCGGUAUUUUCAAAAUGGCUUUGAUAGAAUGCCUAAACCCUUAUGGGGCAUAGGUGAAAACGUUAAUGGACUGUUUGGAUCCUGUCAUAUAAAAAACCUGGUAAUUCAUAUCUGGGAUACAAAGGGCUAAAAGCUAUUUGGGUGGAGCUUUGGAGCUCAUAACCAGGUUAUGAACAUCCUCAAAAUGCUUUGUAACCUGGAUAUACUCCAUGAACAUAUAUGCUAAAGGAUAAGCUCCAUCAUGGUUUUUGAAUUGAGAAGUUUUCCGCCCAUUAGGAUAAGCUCCACCAUGGUUUUUUAAUUGAAAAGUUUGCUGCCCUUUACUCCUCUUUGUUUUUUUUAAUUGAACUUCCUGGCUUCUGCCUCUCUAACCCCCUCACUGUUGCAAACACUGGGCUCACCUCUCUCCUUGAUUUCUCAUCCCCUCCCCAGAAGCUCCAGCAGUACCAGCAUUUUCUCCAUCUCGUUUUGGGCUUCAUUUUCCACUCCAAUUGGGUGGUAUUUUAUGCAUAGAAGAGCUACCAUUUUAAGCAUUUGGAUUCAUUUGUUACAGCGGUGUAGUUCUCUUCAGGCUUCCUCAACUUCAGUAGAUCUCAGAGGUGAACUUGUACAUACUCUUUUUUAUGGAGCAUCUUCUUCUUUCUCUAUCUUUUCUUUAUUUCGGAAUAAAGCUCAUACUAAUGAUGGAUGGGGGCUCUUUUUUUUAUUGUUAUUUGCUUAUUCCAGGGCCCAUGGCUUCCCUUAUUAACAUAAAUAGGGUUUGAUUCCAUUAUUCACAUAUAUUGGGUUUCUUUUUUCGACUUCCAAGUCAGAAAAUCUAAAAUAUGUGGAAAACACUAAUGAGGAAGGAAGAGAGAGAAAUGGUAGAUAGAAGAUUAUCCCAAGCCAUGAAAUCGAUGAGCAAGAGGGAGGUUACCUUAAGCCAUAAAAUUAAAAAGAGUUAGACAGAUUAUCCUAAACCAUUUCUGGUUUUAUGUUCUGAUUUUGAGAUGACAAUUGGUAUGUGGGUUUGUUGAUUUGAGAAGAGAGUUUCAAUUUGUUUCAGUUUUUGAACAUGGGUUUUAGGUAAGGGUUUGAAUGGUUUAGGAUUCUUGAGGAAUUUUGUCAGAAAUGAACAAAGAGAAACUGAUUACUAAUUUUGGUUUUACGGUGAUUAUCAGGUUUGUUGUGGGUUUUUUCAACUAGGGUUGGACCCUAAUGAGAUCUAUAAAGGAAUAUUUGAUAUCAUAGCUGGUGAUUGAACAUGGUCUUAGAUUUGAGUUGGACCGGUUGAAAAUUUUCAGGAAUCUUGUUGCCAAUGGUUUUGAAGCAGAAGAGCUCUACCUUGAUUUGACAAUUUGGUGAAUUGUGGGGUUUAUGGUACAUGGGUUUUGGGUAUUUGCAAGACCAUCAAGAUAUUUUUCUUUUUUUAGAAUUUCAAAAUAAACAGAUUUGAGGGAUUGGAAUCCAUGGAUCUGAUUCAAACCUUUGAUUUCACGCUGUUUUUUCGAGUUGCACUGUUCGAUAGAUUCACAUAUGGAUUUGACUUUUCGCUUUUACCCUAAGACCUUAAUCUAUGUUGGAAGGUUUAUUGGGGUUGGGGGGUGCGGGAGGAAGACUAUGAAAGCAAUGGUCUUUCAAGAUUGGUUCUGAUUGUUUUGGCCUCAAGGUAUUUCAAGCCGGGUAGCAUUCUAUGUUCUUCUGACCUACCAGAAAGGGAAAAAUCAAUAUGUAGCAUGUCCACAAUGAAGAUCAAUGUGACUAUUAUUCCGUAUUACUCUGCUGUAGGCUGGUUGUGAGAGAUAAGGUUUUGGUUUUUUUUUGGGUGUUUUUUGGGGUGGUGGUGCUGGUGGUGGUGUUUAAAUUGAAAUAUCAUAGAGAUAUUUCAAUUUCUAUUCAACAUCUUAUAGGGCGUGUUUGAUAGCAGGAAGUGUAUUCCUGGAACUUGGAACUUACCUAAUACUGUUCAUGUUUUGUGUUUGGUAAAAAAAUGGAAGUCAAUUUGAGAACUCCUCUACACUGUUCAUGUUCCCAUUGUUGUGUGUUAAAAAAGUUCCGGCCAAAAGGUUGGAACUUGAAAUUAAAAGUUUGGUUAAAACUUCACGCCCGAUAAAAGUUUUGCCCUAGGAUUUCUUCUCAUGUUCUUCGCUCAUGCUGAGCCACCCCUCUCUUGGCACCGCCGCUCACAGCCAGAGCCAAACCCUCAUCCCUCGCUAGGGUAGCCCUCUCUUCGCACUCAUCCCUCGCUAGGGUUUAUUCAGCUGCUGAGCCACCACUUGAGGGUCUAAGAAGACGGAGGAGGAAGCAGCUGAGCCACCACUCGAGGGUCCAAGAAGACAGAGGAGGUCUGUGUUAUUCAUCUUGAGGUAUUUGCGUGCCCCAGACUGCGUGAACCACAGAGAAGAGACCAACUUGCACCUUCUCUUUGCGCCUAUGAGCCUCCUCACAAAGUACAUCUCAGUGUUUUCUCUCUCCCCUGUUUUUUUUUUGCUCUCUGUUUUUUUCUGUAUGGUUUUUUUAGCUUUUCAGUAGGUUUCGAACAUGGUGAAAAUGGAUCCCACAAUUUUUUUUCUAUAUGAUCAGUUUAUUCUCUUUCUGGCUUUUUUUCUGAUUUUACAGAUUUUUUGCACAUGUUCCUAUUUUUUUGUGUUUAUUGGGCUCAUUGGGUUACUCAGUAUAGACUUUGAUGAGUUGAUUAAGAUUUUUCUGAGUUGCAAGGGUUUUUGUUCUCAUUUUGGGUUACUCAGCUAGGGUUUUUGUUCACACGGCUCUGUUUAUUUGAAUAUGGAGACAUUGGUCUUAGUCCUGAUUUUUGUAAGAGAAUGGUGUUUGAAAUUUUGCUUGAAUUUGAUUUGUUUGAAUGAAUCGUGAAGGGUAGCGUUGUCUCGCUUAAAAAACUCCUAGAAGUUUCAUGGGCUGUGCUGAUCAUCGAUUAAAAAAGAAUAAUUUUGACCUAUAUUGCACUAUUAUACUAUCUACUCUCUACUACAUCAUUAAUGUGCUUACUGAAGUUUUUGGCCUCUUGAGUUGGAUUACUUGUUUUUCAGUAUUGUGUUCAGCAGGGGUUGGAAUUCUUUCUUUUUUGUUUUUUUUUUUUGACAUGAGUAGGGAUUUCGUAUUCUUGGUGCAUGCUUUUGUGUUCUCUUUCUGUUUGGUACAUGUUGUGGGGUAGUAUUGUGUUCAGCAUGGGUUUGGAAUUCCCUUUUUUGUUUGAGACAUGAGUAGGGAUUUCAUAUUCUUGGUGCAUGCUUUUGUGUUCUCUUUUCUGUUUGGUACAUGUGGGGUAGUGUUGUGUUCAGCAGGGGUUCGGAAUUCCCUUUAGUUUUUUUUUUGACAUUAGUAGGGAUUUCGUAUUUGGUGCAUGCUUUUGUGUUUUCUCUUUCUGUUUGGUACAUGUUGGGAGUUAGGAGAGGGAAAAUUGGUCAUUUUGGGGCUUGGCUGAAAUGUUGGUGGUUUCCAACAGUUGGGUUUAUGCAUAGGUGGUUCAUUUGUUGGUUCAUGUGUUAAAGGGGAAAAGUGGUUGUACUGGGUGAUUAGAGGUUCUUGUUGUUCACUUUCGUCAUAUUUUUUUCUUUCUUAUUCAUUUUUAUAAAUCACGGUUGGUGCAUUUCUUUGAAGAACAUAGAUUAAUGGGCUCCUUUCUUUCUUAGUUUUCUGAAAACCUGUGAAGUUUAGUUACUAUGGCUUACGAGCUUGCUUGUUUUCAUUCCUGAAUUUGUUCUUCACUCAAUGGUUUCAUUUGUUCCAAGUAUUUAUUGAAACUGCUUUGCUUUUUUUUUUUUUAAAUUGCUUUGAUAGACAGCUAUGAUGUGGGUUCAUGAAAUCUGUAUAUUUUUUCUAUAAUACACAGCUAUGAUGUGAGUUUGUUUAUAUCUUUUUAUGCAAAGAAGAAAUGCAUGAAUUACCAGCAUUUGAUUUUCUUCACUCAAUGGUUUCAUUUGUUCCAAGUAUUUAUUGAAAUUGCUUUGCUACAAGACUUUAAAAUUCCUUUGAUAUACAGCUAUGAUGUGGGUUCAUGAAAUUUGAUAUAUUUGUUCCAAGUAUUUAUUGAAAUUGCUUUGAUAUAUAGAGAGGUUCGCGCUCCACUCACGUAGAGAGAGACUGUCUAGGGCUUCUCUUCUAGAGAGAGAGGGUUUUCCCUACUUGGGCUUCUGAUUUACUCAGAGGGAGAAACCAUGGCUGAGCUGAAGCUCUCCGAAAGCAAAGACCUGACCCGAAUCGAGCGUGUAGGUGCCACUCCCACAUCCGAGGCCUGGGCCUUGACACAAACCUCCAGCCCCGUGACAGCUCUCAGGGUGGUUAUUUGUUAUAAAUUUUUGGUCAAGAUAAACAUGCAGUUAGCCAAACUAUAUGGUGUCAUUUGUUAUAAAUUUUUGACUUGUUAUUGUAUUUGUCUUUCUUUGCUCUUCUUUUUUCAGAUAUUUCCUUAUGUUUCUUAACGUCAUAGUUCAUUCUAGUUCCUUAUGAAUUUUUUUUAGACUGCUCAUGUCGGGUUCGAAUAAGAUGUUUUGGAAGUGCUGUCCAUGACUAGAUAACAAUAAAAAUGCUUUGGCUUGAGGAUUUCUAUAAAGGAUGUAGCGUGUUACAGAUUUACUUAUAUAUAAUAUGGAUUUUGUUCUUUAUAGAUGCCAGUGAAUCCUUCUUGUGAAGAAAUAUUCUACUUCUCUUCACAUGAUUGGUUAAAUAUUGUGUGAAAAAUCUAAUUGUCUUGGAAAGGUAUUUUGUCCGUGAAAAGAUUUUUCCUUGCCCCUUAUUCUGUGCCCAAGAGACACUAGCUCUGCCCCUUGUGAACUGUUGUUUUUUUGGGCUGUGUUCGUUUUUGCCUCUUUUUUGUGUGUGUGGGGGGGGCGGGGGGAUGAUGCUGUAUUUGAAUUACUCUGUGCAAAUUGGUUCACUUGCUUCCCGGUGAGAUGACUGACCAAUCAAAAGAAUAAAAACAAUUAGCUGGACUGCUUUCUAUACUAACAAAAUUUGUAUCACUUUGAUGGGGUUUUUUGCUGGAUCAUUGAGGAGAUGCUACCAUGACAUCUCUUUCUGUAGUUUAUAUUUUCCCUUAUGUUGUACUUUUUUCUAUAUUAAACAAAUUUUUUUUCCAAUCUACACAAAAAAAGCAUGACUUUCCGUAAUUCAGUAAUGGGCUAGUUGCCAUUGUUUGAAAUGGCUGUGAUGUUUGAGAUAGUUGUCGCCUUCUAUUCUUAGAAGCAUGGCUGCGUACCACUGAGAGUUUAUUUCAAUAACUUCUCCUAUGGGUGUGAAAUUUCAUGAAAAAUCACUAGUCUUUCAUUUUUGUGUCACCAGUUUGGAAUGAUUUCUCAUUGCCAUCAUAUCAUGUUACUGUUAUCUCAAAUGUUGCACCAACUAAAAUCAAAUGAAAAGAAUUUUGGAAAAUUGGUUAUUUGAUUGCUUGUCCAAAAUGAAAGAAGCUUCGACAAUUUCAUGCCUGCUAGAUGGGCACCAGCUAUCACAAGUGAAUAGCGAUCUUUUAAUUAGUACUCCAAUUUCUUGUGGGUUGAGGGACAUAUUUUUCGGUAAAUAUUGUCAUUAUCCUGCAAUUAGCUCCUCUAGUUUUGUGGAAUGUACUUGGUGCAAUUUUGCUGGGGAUCUCUUUUUUAGAUGUCUUGGAAGUGGGUAACUUGUUUUUGACUGAUUAAGAAUUUUAUACAUUUAUAAGCAAUAAAAAGCUACAAACACUGAAAGAAGAGAUAUCUAAGGGAUGUGAACCCCUAGCUACAAACACUGUGAGGCAGGAUUAAUUGGGACCCACUCGGUUGCGGAACUGAUGCAAAUGCCUCCAAAAUGAUUUCACUAUUCUACUUGGUCUGACAUGACAGGUUGCAGAGAUCAUUCUUCCUUAGGGAGCCCAAGCAUUUAUCUUUUUCUUCUAGAAUGAAGCAUUAGGAUACUUGUGUAGCUUUUGCAUCCCUUGUAGUGAGAUGUUCUUUUUUACUUCAUUGUGGAAGCCUGGGAAGAAUGCUUGAAGGCCUUUGGAUUCCAGGUUAGAUGAACAAGGUGACAAGUAAUCUUCUGAAACUGAACAAGAGUAUCUUUCAAAGAAUAAUGUGCACACAUUCAAAGCAUGGUAACUAGUAGCGCAUUUUAUACAUAGCUGAUGCCCCAGGUCUUUAGUUUUACUUGUGUUUCUUGACUAUCAUAUAACUUGAGACUCAUCAAGUGUGGUUUGAAAGGUUCUCUAUGGAAUGUUUAUACCAUAAAUGGUUGGCAAGUCGGUGUAUGUUCAACUAUUUUGUAAUUUACCUGUUCUAUACAUGCUAUGGUUUCAGAUGUAUCUAAUAAUUUAUUUAAUUGGAUAUCUAUUCAUGAUUGAACAUUGGUCAUUGGAUAUCAUUUUACUUGUAGAUUAUUGGUCAAUUCCUAGUAUCCUUCUAUUCCUUUCCCCUCUCUUCCCCCCUCAAGUAUAUUGAAAAGAAUGCCUGAUUUUCAGGAUGCAAGGAUUUCUUGCUCUCUUCACUGGGGACACAGGUGAGAUCCGAGCAGAAGUCAUGGAACAGAUUGACACUAAAGUGGCAGAGUGGAGAGAGGAACGCAAAGCUGAGAUUGUGCCAGGGGUCCUCUUCAUUGAUGAAGUCCAUAUGCUUGACAUUGAGUGUUUCUCGUUCCUCAACCGGGUAUUAGAGAAUGAGAUGGCCCCUAUCUUGGUGAAGGCCACGGACCAAGGCAUUACGAGAGUUCGAGGCAUAAACUACAAGUCCCCACAUGGAAUCCCGAUAGACCUUCUCGAUCGACUCCUAAUCAUCUCCACCCAACCUUACACUGAAGAAGAGAUUCGAAAAAUUCUCGAUAACAGCUGCUGCGCUCGCUUUCCAAAAAUGUAAGGGAAAGCUCGUGGAGUUGGAAGAUAUCAGUAGGGUUUACCAACUUUUCCUUGAUGUGAAGAGAUCGACCCAGUACCUAGUGGAGUAUCAGAACCAGUUCAUCUUCUAUGAGGUUCCUGGUGAGGUGGAUGGAGUUGAAACUAUGCGAGUGUAAUCUUGGGUUCUUCUUGCUUACCAUCAAUUUUUGGGAUUUCAUGUUCGAUGUUACGGGAGAGAAGUCAGAAAGAGCUGACCAUGCACGCUCACAACUUGGAUUUUCUUGGUUAAUUGUGUAUUUUUGCAUUAUCAUGAUUCUACCCCCUCUGUUUUUUUCGGUUCGCGUAGUAUCAGGAAUUCUACCCGUUCCACUUCAUGAUAGAAGUGGUGAGAGGCCACAUGAUAGAAUACUUAUUUCACUUUUUCUUGGUAUAGUUCAUAUUUCAUAUUCUAUGCUACAAUGUUCAAUCUUAGGAAUGGGGUUGAAAUUUGUUUA